AUGAAUCUCUCAUAUUUAUAUGUCUUAUUUUUAAUUAUUAUUGUUUGUUAUGCUGGUCCUAUUGAGGAUAUAUCAGCAAUGCCUGAUUUAAGUUUAUUUUAUCAACAAUUAAUUCGUCAACCAGAUUUACAAGGAUUAUUACAAGAUGUUUACCCAACUCAACAACCAGGUAAUAUUGGUGAUUUUACUAUAUUUGCUCCAAAUAAUGAUGCUAUGACACGUAUUAGUCGAAGAAAUGAAGAUCCAAAUUUACUUUGGAAAUAUCAUAUUGUAUCUGGUCGUUAUGAUGAUCAAACAAUAUUUAAUAUGGCACAAGAAAAAUUUAAUCAAGUUAAUCCAAGUCAAAUCACUAAUGUUCGACCACAAAAUAAUUUACCAACUAUGGCAUUACCAUUUCAAGUAUUCUAUGGUGUUGGUUUUUACGGUGGAACAGGUCCAUAUAUAAAUGUAAAUUCUGAUAAUACUGGUUAUAAUUCAGCUGGAAUACCUUGGUUACCACGAGGACCAAAUACAACAAAAGCAUUUGACAAUAUUGCUCCACUUAAUCCAUAUCUUGUGAAUAUGAAUAAUUAUAAUCCAAAUCAACCUACACAAACUUAUGUUGUUGCACAAGGUAGUUCAGCAUCGAGUAAUCCAAAUUUAUUUCCACAAAAUUUAACGAAUUAUUAUACUAAUGUAUUUAAUCCAAAUGUGAAUACACAAUUUCUUCAAAAUAUUAAUCCACCACCAGCAAAUUAUAAUCCUAAUAUACAACAACAACCACCAGGAUUUUUACCUGUGGGUUAUGGUAACAUUGGUAUACAAGUAAGUCGUUUGGGAUAA